AUGCAGCACAUCAUGCGCGUUGGCGUGAGCCUCAGCUGCCUUGCAGCAACGGUGGCAGCCGCUUCGAUUCAGUGCCGUGGCGAGUGCAUCGAGCGCGACGUUGUCGUUGUCGGUGGCGGCGCCUCCGGUGCCCAUGCCGCUGUGUGGCUACGGGACCAUGGCCACAGCGUUGUUGUCAUUGAAAAGGCUGACCAGCUUGGUGGCCACACCGAUUUCUACAGUGACCCUGCCACGGGCAAGGCCAUCAACGUCGGCGUUCAGGCCUGGAUGGAAUACAAGGAUGCUUUUGACUUCCCCAAGCGCAUGAACGUGUCGACGAGCGGGUCGAUGUCGUUCACGCCGAAUGAGGCUAAGUUUAUUGACUACAAGACCGGCAAGCCAGUGCCCGACUACAAGGCGCCCGAGGCCGCGGACAUGUACGCCGCCCUGCAGAGGUACCUCGACGUGAUUGAGAAGUACGAGGACAUGUUGCUGCCGGGCUUCUUCAACUUUCCCGACCCCGCCAAUAUCCCCGAGGACCUACUCAUGCCCUUCAUCGACUUCGUCGAGAAGUACGACCUCGCGGCCGCCGUCCCUCAGAUCUGGGACUCCACCGCCCAGGGCCUCGGCGACACCAUGAACGUGCCCACCAUCUGGGUUAUCCAGGCCUCCGGCAUCCCCAUGGUCCGCGCCUUGUUGGGCGUCGGCGCCGCUGCCGUCCCGGCUUCUGGCCGCCUGUACGACCUGUUCGAGAGCGUUGCCGAAUUCCUGGGCAAUGAUGUCUUGUACUCGAGCACCGUCGUCUCGACCAAGCGGUACAACGACAGGAACCCUCGGAAGGACGUCGUUUUGGAGGUGAAGGGCCCCAACGGCAAGCUCACCUGCAUCCAGGCCAAGCGCCUCCUGCUCGCCAUCGAGCCCACGCCUGAGAACAUGGCCCCCUUCGACCUCGACGCCUCCGAGAAGGCCAUCCUCGGCAAGUUCAAGUACCCGACCGUCUACGCCGGCAUCCUCCGCCACCCCUCGCUACAGACCCUCAACGCCUACAGCGACCGGUCGCCGGAGCCGGCGUCGUACAACUACACGCUCUUUCCCGUCGCCCCGCAAGUCGGCCGCAUCGACUACCUCGGCGGCACCGAGGACCUGUUCCAGUUCACGGCCGUCGGCACCUCCGAGGACACCCCGGAGAGCAUGAAGGCGCUCAUCGCCAAGUCCAUCGACACCAUGGUUGCGGCCGGCACGCUCCCCGCGUCCGAGGGCAGCGUCAGCUUCAACAUCUUCGCCAACCACGGCCACAUGCACGCCCACGUCUCGGCCGACGAGCUCCGCGCCGGCUUCCUGCAGAAGCUCAACUCCCUUCAGGGCCGCCGCAGCACCUACUACACGGGCGCUGCCUUCUCGGCUGGCUUUGCCACUGUGCUCUGGGAGUACAACAAGGUGCUCCUGCCUCGCGUUGUUGAGGGGCUUUAA